AUGGCGGAUGCUGCCACCGCUGACGCCAGACACUCGCGCCGUGUCUACCCCUCAGCGCUGCCUGGGUGGUCUGCCGUCCGCGGAUUCUUCCGUAGUGUUGCUGCAGCGGUCGCUGUGGGUCCAGGAGCUGGAGUAACGACCGCUUCGUCCGUGCGUAUGCAGCUGCUCCUGGUGACGGUCUACUUGCGUCUACACGGACGUACAGACGUGUAUGUGCGCGCGAAAAUUUUUGGCAACAUAGAGCAACACCGACGCUGUGCAACAGACGAAGACCUCUCCACGCAUGCGGUUGAGGGCUCGUACGAGAUCACGAAUCCCUUCGUGACGUGCGUGUCUACGUCGGCGCCGUCGUUGCAGUGGACACGUAGCCAGCCUCCACAGGCAGUGUGCCCCGGCAGCCUACUUUGCCAGCUCCUCGUCGGCUUUGCUGCGUGGGAAGAAGCGAUAAAAGAGCCCCAGCAGACGUAUCCACUGUCUUGCUGUCCACUGCUGCACGAGGAGUUGAAGUACGGGGAGCGGAGUACAGGGUGA